AUGUCGCCAACGGUGCUUGUGACUUCGUUGACCGCACUGCUUCUGCAUGUGGCAUUUGUGCAUCCGAUCAUGUCCGACGCGGCGAGGUUCCCGUGGCAGACGCUUCCACCGGGACAUCCGGGCAGUGGGAACCCCGUUAUUUAUCCACCAGGCACAAUUCAUUAUGUACGGCAGGAGAAGAAGAUCACGCCGCGUCCCGUCUUUCAACGUGCUUGGUAUGUGGGGUUCUUUCUGAUGGUAGUCGCUGUGAUCAUCAUAUACGCGCUCCUAUACAUUACGGUCCUUUUGCGGUUUCGUGCGGCCGAACAGGCGUCUAUGCGAAAUUGUUUGGCAGAAGAGAACAGGGGACCAAUACGAAAUCCCUUGUAUGCUGAUUUUAGUGAGUACUAA